UCCAACCCUGACGCGAUGCGUCAGGAAGGAAUCCAAGGUGAGGUUUCCUGGGAAUUUCACCGUGCGCGGCGUGGUUUUGGGUUUAAGUACCAUCUGCUGACCUAAAAUCAGUUUUAAAAGCGUUUGGCUGAUUUGCACUAAUGGCUCUGUCCUGCGUCCAGCCUGCGCCGCGACCGGCGCGUAAAAGCGAGUGGCUCCGCAGCACCUUGGCGCACUACCACCGGCCGGACUUGGGUGCCGAGAAUGAAAUCGUGGUUCUGGCCACGGGAAUAGAUCAGUACCUGCAGGAAGUCUUCCACCACAUUGCUCACCCACACGGGAACGACACGGUGGCCGCGGAGGACUUCAGCGCGCUGUGCGCGGUGCUGGGGCUGGCGGAGCAAGGAGAGAGGAGGAAACGGGAAAACGGAGAUGAAGAAGAGUUCAGGGAUGUGUGCUCGGGACUGCCCCCGCAGCUGACCUUUAAAGAAUUCCACUGGCGCCUCUGUGAGUAUUUCCGUGUGCGCAGCGCCCGUCAUGGCACCGGAGACUGCGCCUGGCGCGUCCCCGUCACUGAAGACACGGAGCUGAUAGAGAGACAGAUCCGCCUACGGUGGCCGCGCGUCAGGAGGAGAAAGUGCGUCAGUUUUGAUCUGCGCGGUCAGAAUGGAAACGUGACCAGAGGCCGAGAAGACCGAGAGCCAGCUCAGCCAGAGGAGGUAGCAGCCCUGAGGGAGUUGGUGGAGGACCUCCGCUCGGCACUGCAGGGGAGCGAUGCUCGCUGCCUAGCACUGGAGGUGGCUCUCAGGCGACAGAGGAGUCAUACCCUUCCCACUCCAUCUACUUUAAACUCCACAGCUUUAAACACCUCAACUUCUAUUACCUUCAUUGAGGGAAAACUGAAACCAACAACCAGAAUUAAGGGUCUCUGCAGCGGUGCAGGAGGUGAUGUAGUGAGGAGGGUGGUGAGGAGGUGCAACAUCCGGGACCCCCUCCUCAGGGAGCUCAAGCUGAUACGUUCCUCACGUGAUGGGCAACUGCAGGAGGCCAUCAGAUUUAAUGAACGCCUGGAGGAGGAGCUGCGCUGGGCCUACCAGCAGGUGCAGAAGCUUCAGGGAGUGGAGGCUGCUGUGAGGAAGGACAACGCUCGGAUUAGGAGGCGGGCAGAGGAGGCACGGAAGGCCCUGAGCCUGGGUCUGCAAAGGGUUCGCCUGAUCCAGGAACAGGCUCAGUCUGUGCCGCAGCUCCAGUACAGGAUCAGUCAGCUGGAGGCUGAACUGCAACAGUAUAGAUCCUGCUGUAUCUGUAUCCCUGACCCCACCCAUGAGCUUGCCUGUCCAGUCGGAGCUGGAGACACCUGCACUAAAACAGAGAGUCUGCAGAGAGCAGUGGAGGGAAGAGCUGCAUCUGAUGAAGAAGAGGAGGACCGGGCAAUGAAGGAGGAAGGACAGUGUCACCUGUUGGAGAUGAAGCAGCAUGUUAACCAGCUACAUGACCGCAGCAAAGGGUUAGCUGGCAGAUGUCUGAACGUCUCAUGUCAGCAUCCUUAUUCUCAAAGCCACCUGCACAAGAAGAACCAUGUCAGCAUGUCCACAGACAGCAGGGAGCUCUGUGGCUUGACAGGACAAAACAAAGAGGAAGGCAGCAGAAAUUUUGAUAAUUUUAAGCAGUGUGACGUGAACGUGUCGGUGCUAGAGGACAAAGGGAGGACGCGUUUGUCUUUACUGGAGGAAAAACUCACAGAUGCUCUCACGUUGCUGCUGCAGCUUCGCAACAAGAAUGUGUCCCGUCAGGCCCUGGGGAAGAUUGUCAUCGACACUCUGGAUAUGUGCAAUAAGAGCGGACACAGUCCAUCCCAAGUUCUUCAGGUGGCCGACGCCCUCUGUGCCAGGUUGUCCGCUACUGAUCUCCUCGGAGAGAGCGGAGACAACAGAGGAGAAGAGUGGGGAGACAAAUUCCAGGCUCCGUCUUCAUGACGACCGACCAGCAGUGGGAACCCCAUGUCCACCUCCUGUUAGCAAAAAUCUGUUUCUCUUCACUUUAUCUUGGGCAUUUCCCUCCUCAGUUGUAAGGAAUCUGUGAUUUUAUAACUGCUGUAAAGAUUCUACUUUUAACGUUGUUCAAUCUGUGCAACAAUUACUGUCAAUAAUAUACUUAUUUGAGGGCCUCUCUUUGAAGAACAAAAGCUCAUUAAAUCAAAUUAAGUGGGCCAGCAGGCUGACUGGUGAGCCACAGGUCAACUUGGAGACUUUGUAUACAAGACAGUUUAAACACAUAACAAAAUCCAUUUUAAAUGACAGUUCCCAUCCAUUGCACCAUAGAAGUUGAGAUACUGGAAUGCCAACUCAAGAUCUCGUUCCAUUGAGUUUUGUUUGUGAGCUUGCGACCACGAGAUUUCAGCCACUCAACCGCGAGAGUUGGGGUAAUUCACUUCCAGUCAUCUGCCAGCUACACUAGAUGCAGUGUGAAACGAGAGUUUCUGCAUGUUUUCUUGCGCUUUCUGAUGUGGGAUCAGCAAGUUAUCCCCUCGAAGUAUGUUCAAAGUGUAGCUUGAAUGAAGUUGUUGUUGAUUUUAAAUCAUACUCAGGACAAACUUGCUAAUAUUAUUGAUAAGAGCAUGCAGACUGUUGGCAACUGUGGCAGAAAAUCACAGUCAGUAUUCAUUAAUUAUUCAUAAACGUGUAUAAAAAUAGAAUAAAAGCACACAUCAUUCGUCAUUAAAAAGCAUCAUAGUAAAACUCAUAAAUGUAACAGUAUAAAACACGUAAAUAGCACAGUAAAAGUCAUCAAACACUAUCAUAAAAUCAUCAAUCACAAUAAAAUGUUAUGUGUCGGACGCAGCUCGGAGAACCGACCAGCGUUUGAAGGACCCAGUAUGAA